AUGGACUGCGUUUGCACUCUUCGAAAAUGCACCACAUUUUUCUAUAAGGGACUGCAGAACAACCGCAGAGGAGUCAGUUUGUAAGUUCACUUACUGAACUCUAAACUUUGAGGUGUUUUGCACGAAGACUCAUCCAACUGUAACGCAAUACUGCGGUGUCUGUCAGGUCGCCUGUUUUGUUCAUAGAUUACAAUGGACUCACACUUAAAUAUAGCUCUAACUCCGUGGUUAUCUUGUUUUUAUUCCAGUGCUAAGUUCAACCAAAUGAAAGACUGUGUGGUGAAGGUGGUGAAGUGUUGUGCUGACUCACUGACAGAAAGUAGCAUCAGAAGAAUUGUAGACCAGAGUUUUGACAGCAGUGUAUGUUUAGAAGGCCCGCCUCUAAUACCGUCUUCGUCGGCGGCAUUAUUGCCUUGUUCCAGCUCUUUUGUCACUAAAGCAAACGCUGUGGGAGGACCCUUCGGCAAAUAUUCGUCGCAGACAAAUCGAAUUCCUCUCUUUGCGGGUGAGUUUGUGUAG